UCCCUUGGGUGUUAAAACAUCAUGUCCCACAUGUAAUUUUUUUCCCCUUAAAAUGAGCCAUGAAUAAUUAUUAUUUGCUAUAUUUUUUGUAGCAUGAGCAGAAAGAAAUUAUCAGCUCUGCAGAAACAUUACAGGGAGAAUGGCUGCACGCCUAGGUCUCACGGCAACAGUGGCAGAGUCGUUCCUCACCACCUCAGCUAUGACGACAACACCAGGGUGAAACACUUCAUCUCCAACUAUGCCGAGACGUAUGCCAUCCUCCUUCCCGGUCGCAUUCCCAGAUUCAAGCGGGAUGACAUAAAGCUAUUGCCGUCAUGCGAGACGAAGGGCAAUGUAUGGAGGAAGUACAAGCAGGCCAUGGAGUUAUCAGGUAAAAACAAAUCUACGCUGUCAAAAAACUUAUCAUCUGACUGUUUGUUUCCCCUUGGUUUUCAUGCCAGGGUAGUAGCACAGACAGCAUUCAGAAAAAUCUGGAAUGUUGUUUGCCCGUUUGUUGUCUGCUGCAAACCCAUGUUGGACGUCUGCUGGCAGUGUAAAAAAAACAACAGUCUCUUGUACAAGUCAGCCAACCUUCCUGAUGCAGAAAAGCAGGAUAGAUGUAAGAGGCAGCAGGAACACCUCGCCAAUGUGGCCUUGGAGAGGUCCUUCUACAGGGAGCUCGUGAAGGGGUCCAAGGAAACAGCAGAGCAGCAAGGAGUGAUGCAUCUUGGACUGAACAAUCCAUGCAGCAGACCCGUCGAGAUGCAUUACUCCUUCGACUUUGCACAACAGAUGCACUUUCCUUCGGACCCUAUGCAGCCUGGGCCCAUAUACUUCCUUAGACCAAGGAAGUUAGGAAUUCUUGGCGUCCACUGCGAGGGAGUUACCCAGCAAGUUAACUACCUGGUUGACGAGUCUGUUGUGAUCUCAAAAGGAAGCAGCGCAGUCAUUAGCUUUGUACACCACUUCUUCAGGCAGUAUGGGUUGGGUGAAUCCAAUGCUCAUCUUCACUGUGACAACUGCAGUGGCCAAAACAAGAACCGCUUCAGGCUGUGGUACUUGCUUUGGCGCUGCAGUUGUGGCCUCCACAGAUCCAUCCAGCUUCACUUUAUGGUCGUUGGUCACACGGCUUGUUCAAGCAGCGGUACCGUCGCACACAAGUGAGUUGCUUGGGUGAUGUCCAUAAGGUCGUCACUGCUAGUACACCGUCAGGCAUAAACAUCCCACAGCUGGUGGGAGAUGAAGAUGGCAAUGUGAUUGUUCCCCAGUAUGCGUGGAAUGAGUUUCUCACACCAUUCUUC